AGAAGACGACCAAGAAGAAGAAUGACGAGAAUAUACGGAAAAUAGAGGGGACGAAGUGCACGUUACAUUAACGCUGUUACCACUAAAUAUUACCAUUGAACAUUGCUGCAUUACACUCGCCAAGCUAUGACAGAGCCGCAGUCAGUGCUGUUACUCAGGAGACAGCUUGCAGAGCUGAACAAAAACCCAGUGGAGGGAUUCUCAGCAGGCCUGAUCGAGGAUAGUGAUCUCUACAGAUGGGAGGUCCUCAUCAUUGGUCCUCCAGAUACACUCUAUGAAGGUGGUGUGUUUAAAGCUCAUCUGACAUUUCCCAAAGACUACCCUCUCAGACCACCUAAAAUGAAAUUUAUCACAGACAUUUGGCACCCUAAUGUUGACAAGAAUGGAGAUGUCUGUAUUUCUAUUUUGCACGAGCCUGGAGAGGACAAAUACGGCUAUGAGAAACCUGAGGAGCGCUGGUUACCUAUCCACACAGUGGAAACCAUCAUGAUUAGUGUUAUCUCUAUGUUGGCAGACCCAAAUGGUGACUCGCCAGCCAAUGUGGAUGCUGCAAAAGAGUGGAGGGAGGACAGGCACGGCGCAUUCAAAAGGAAAGUGGCCCGUUGUGUACGAAAAAGCCAAGAGACUGCAUUUGAGUGAUAUUCGGCAAAGAUCUAGCUUCAAGUUUUCAGGUCUCCAAUUGAAAAUCAACAUGGCACAGAUUCCUGCCCUCUUCCACCCUGGCACCAGGCUUGUCCUUUUUAUUUUUGGCAGGAACAGACUGGCUACUGUAGGCUGCAAAAGAUCACAACAGUGACUGCCACGGCUGACAGAAAACCGCCAACCAAGUGCCAAUUCAAAAACCAGAAGAUGACACAACGUUUUUCAAGUCUAUGAACUGCUUCAACAUUCAGGAAGAUAUUGUAAAGACAUGUAUAUUGCACAGACAAAACCGGAUAAUAUAUAAGCUCCUUUUGCAUCCAUUGAGACACCAAAUGAAUAGCGCUGGUUAAGAUAGAUUUAUUUUUCCAUUGAUUCCGUUUCUCAACAGCAUGCAUUAGUUCUCUUGAGGUGGUUUUAAAUAGAUGUAUUUAAUAGAAAGAGGAUUGUGAAGUGUUGGAGGGAUGUCACUUGUGCAGAAUUGGAUUUGUUGAAGCAAAAGAUGAAGGACGUGUGUGAUGAAAGCAAUACCGCCAUAUUAGAAAAAAGCCACUGUACUCAAGGUUCUUUUUCACGCUCAGAAAUCAACAUAUGUGUACAUGACUGUUUUUUUUCUUCUUCUUGAGUUAGUCUCAGUUGACUCAAGAACGAAACCCGUCCCCUUUUGUUUUGUGCAUCAUUUUAUCUUUUUUCAAAAGUGCCUCCUAAUAAAACGCUUGGCCGCUUCACCUUACGUCAAAUGAGUUAAAACCUAUUUUAAAAAAGUUGAAGAAAUGGUGCGCCACCUGUGUAUGAUUUUAUUUAAUAUCCAGUACACAGGAAAUCAUUAUCAUUUGCUCUACCAAUAACCCCCGUAGUAUAAGGCGCACACAUAUUUGUGUUUGAUAUCCUGAUACAAGUUGUACUCUGAUAUUUUAGCAGCCUCUUUUACUUGUCUGUGUUAUGGAAAUGUUAUGCAUGCUUUAGUGUACUUUCGUUUUGGUUUCCUUGUUUGGCUGAAUGUUUCUGGGAUUUUGUUGGAGAACGAGUGUUUGUGUAUACAGCGUGUGUGCCCAUUUAAUUUUAAAUGUUGCUCUUUUCCCUAAACUGCAAUCUCACAAUUCUGCUCAUUGAACUAUUGUAAUUUUGCCUAAUGUACAAGGAGAUGAAAUACUGGUGUAUAUUUUUGAUGCCAACAAAAGUCGUCUCCUGUAGUGAGUUCUUCUAAAAUAUGACUUUUUUUUCCAAUA